AUGGCGGUGUCAACAAGCUUAGCACUCUCCCAACGACUUUCACUUGGUUCAGUUUUUAAAAAGAGUUCUAGGUAUGCUGCAGAGAAUGAAGUUAUUGUCAUCGCUAUCAUCUUUAGUACUCUCCUGCAAGCUUUAGGAAAGGCUCAUGUUCCACAUUUACAAUGGAAGGUUCAUGACUUCUCAGCGCUACUUGAGACAGGAGCCAAGUCAGCAAAAUCUGCUCAUUUUCACUGCUCCGGGUAUAAAUGGUUCCUGAAAGUGACACCACCAAUGCAUAAUAAACCUGGCGCUGAAACUCCAUAUGUUGGUCUUUCUCUUAAGCUAGGCCGGACAACCCUGAAGCCGGGUGACACGGUAAAUGCCGUGUUUGAGUUAUCAGUAUACAAUCAUGCAAAGAAGAUAUACUGUGGACGCAAAGCUAGCCACAAUUUUGAUUUGAACAAUACAUGCUCAAAGGAUGAAUGUUUGAUUCCUCUUCAGAAGCUACUAAAAUCAUCUGCUUUUCUAGUUGAUGAUAGCUGUGUCUUUGGUGUUAAGAUAUUAAAAAUUAAAGUAUGUUCUCCUGAAAAGAAGGCUGUUAUGGUUCUGAAGAAGGCUACCACACUUCAAAACCUUUUUAUCCAGAAGAAAGGGCUCAUCAAAGGGACCUACACCUGGACCAUGGACAACUACCAUGAAUUGGACUUGAAGCGCUAUGUUUGUUCUCCUACAUUUGAAGUUGGUGGACAUAAAUGGCAUGUUGGCAUGUAUCCGCAUGGUUGCAGACACAUCACCGGCCACAUCUCCUUGUUCUUAUACCUGGAGUCCUCGGAUAAGCUCUGUGACGAGUCCGGGAAGGUAGUUGAAUUGACUCUAUCCAUCCUAGACCAAAAGAACGGGAAACACUCCACCAUCACUUCAGGUUCAGCUCUCCUUAGCAACUAUCAGUGACGACUAUAAUUUGCUACCUCCUGAUUUCAGUUGAUCUUACUUUUCUGGUGAUCGCAGGUCUCUCGGUGUUUGGAGGUGAUAGCAGCUGGGGAUGGCCCAAGUUCCUUACAGUCAAUAGAUUCAAGGAUCCGUCUCGAGGCUAUGUCCUAGGAUCGAGAUGCCUUGUCAAGGCAGAUUUCACUAUUGUUGGCUCCAAUGAUGGCUAGAUCUUUAGCUCAUGGCCCUUGCAUCCUACUACUCCCUCCGUUCCAAAUUACU